AUGAUUUUUUUCCUUAGUUUCUACUUUUUUUUAUUUCUUUUUAUCUUUGUUUUGCUGUUUGUUUGUUUUUUAAUCUUUUUCUCCCUGUCGUCUUUCAGCCUCCAUUUUCUCAUUUUUCAUAAUGUCUCCCGUUUUGGUUUUUGUUUUUUAAUCUUUUCUUUCUUUCUUUCUUUCUUUCUUUCUUUCUUUCUUUCUUUCUUUCUUUCUUUCGCAGGAUUUCACCAUUCUUUACUCUUAGACGUUUUCAUCUUUCUUCCCCCCCCAACUUCAUUCGCAUUUCCUUUCACUUUCUUUUCCGAUAACCCAUCUUUUCGAUUCAUUCCUUCUUUCUUUCUUUCUCAUCUUUUUCAUCCUUUUUGUUCUCCCUACAAAUUCAUGUUUCUUCUUGCUCUUUUGAAUCUUUAUUUCCCCUACAUUUUCAUUUUUUUCUUUCUUUCUUUCUUUCUUUCUUUCUUUUCUUAUCAUAUGAAUGUUUCUUUCCCAAAAUGUUAUCUUUUUUCUUUUCUUCACACUUUUUCAUCUUAUUUUCUAUCGUUUUCGAUUCUUUUUUUUUCUUUUUCAUCUUAUUCAAACUUAAUUCUUUCCCCUUUGACCCCCAUCUAUCUAUCUAUUAUUUCUUUCUUUCUUACUUUCUUCAACGUUUCAUUCUUUCUUUCUUUCUUUCUUUCUUUCUUUCUUUCUUUCUUUCUUUCAGCUUCAAAUAUUAAUUUUUCUUCACUUUCUUUAAACGUUUCUUUCUUUGAAUUUGAAUCUAUCUAUCUAUCUAUCUAUCUAUCUAUCUAUCUAUCAAAUUUUUAUCUUUCUUUCGUUGUUUCUUUCGUUCAUUCUUUCUUUCUUUUUUUAUUUUUUUUCUUCUUUCUUUAA